GAACACAGCAUUGAAAAAAAGUAUCUACAGAUCAUCAAUUUCCUCCAUUCUUUUGCUUUCCUCUGUUUUCAGCUUGGGACUUGUGAGAGAUAAUUCCUCUGUUUUAACUCUCCUGCAAUACUCGAGAAAUUUGGUUUAUCUUGAAGGGGAAGUUUAAUCCGUUUCCAAUUGCAAAACCCCAUUUGGGUCUCCCCGUUUCUAGGGAACUUAAUCAUGAGAAUUCAGAAAGAUAGGGUGAGAUUCAAUGUUGGGGGUAGAAUGUUUGAAACGACGGCUACAACUAUCGCGAAUGCGCGCCGGAAUUCUCUAUUUGGGUCACUUUUCGAUGACAAUUGGGAUUUACAAUCGCUUAAUUCCGAUGAAUUCUUCAUUGAUCGGAACCCUGAUUGCUUCGCCGUGCUUCUUGAUCUCUUACGCACCGGAGAACUCUACGUUCCGUCGAAUGUGCCGGAGAAACUCCUCUAUCGAGAGGCCCUCUUCUUUGGCUUGCAGGACCAUUUCCGCUCUGCCAAAUGGGGCCAAUUCGACGGCAAUAGAUUGAAGCUUUCCCGUUCUGUGACAGGCCAAGCCCCGGGAGACGGUACCGCCAUCCGAGCCGGUCCCGAUGGUGGUUGCUGCAUUGCUCAUGGCUGUAUGGUUCACGUCUACGAUUGGAUGCUUGACGAACACCCUCCGAUCAAUCUCGAUUAUCAGCGAGUCAACGACGUAGGAUGGAUCGAUGCGGAGAAUAUCAUGAUCAGUGUAUGUGAGAGAUUAGGCCGCUGUGACGGCGGAAUGGGUCUGUUCUGCAAGUCGACCGGCCAGCUCCGGCAUAAGUUUCAAGUGAGUCAUGAGAAUCAGGUAAAGAGCUGCACAGCCGGAGCUUUAAGUUUCAGUUCAGAUUAUAAAAUAUUCUCUAGUUGUAAAGGUAGAAGCAAUGAGUAUGGAAUUGGCGUUUGGGAUCAAAUGACAGGAAAACAAACAGAUUUCUUCUAUGAACCUGCAGGUUGGUCACUUGGGGAUGCCGACAAGCUUCAAUGGUUGAAUGGAACCAAUUGCUUAUUGGUUGCUACCCUGUUUCCUAGGAAAGACAAUUGUUACAUUAGCCUGUUGGAUUUCAGGGAGAAGAAAAUGGUCUGGUCUUGGUCGGACAUUGGAGCUCCAUUGACUGUAGAUGAGAAGCGAGUACGAGACGCCAUAGCCAUGGAAGAGAACAGUUCAAUCUGCGUAGUAAACGAGUACGAAGAUUUGGGGUUCUUGGAUUUGAGAAGCAGCAGUGGAGGAAGAAGCAUAAGGUGGAGUUCAAGAAGCAGGCUAAUGAAAGGGAAGAUGCCAGAAGAGCCAUGCUAUCCCAAGUUAGCAUUACAUGAGGGGCAACUAUUUUCAUCCAUGAAUGAUUCCAUAUCAGUAUUGUGUGGACCUGACUGGGUUUUAACGUCCCGGCUCCGACGAAGCUUUGGUGGUUCAAUCUAUGACUUCUCUAUUGGCGGUGAUCGCCUUUUCGCACUUCACAGCGAGGAAAAUGUUUUCGACAUAUGGGAGACACCACCUGCGCCCGUAUUAUGAACAUUCACCUAAUGGUUUGUUUCUUCCUGAUAUCAAAAGGGUUCUCUUCUUGGCUUUUAGAUUUGUAAGAUAUAGGUUAGGUGAAGGAAUACAAAGAUGUACAUAGCAGGACCUCUUGAUUCGGAUUCGGAGAAACCAGAACGAAAAAUUUAGAGGAAGUGUUAGAGCGAACAGUUUGUAUGGAUUUUGCCAUUGUUACAUGAAUUAAUAAUCUCUAUAUUCUUUCA